AUGCAACGAAGAAAAGGCAACCGUCCUCCCCCAAAGUACCAUAAAAAACCUGUCAGAAAAGGCUUUCGAAGCGAGUCGCCGACGGAGUGUCCUGAGGUUCCAUCCACCAGAGAAAGUACUGAGUCUACGUCUGGCAGCUCGGAUUCGGGUUCAGAAGAAAACUCGGGGAGCGAUGGCAAUUCUAAUAAUUUCAGCCUGAUUACCGCUAUGUGGGAUCUGGGUCAGUGUGAUCCAAAGCGCUGCACUGGCCGAAAACUGGUUCGCUUCGGUCUAACACGACACCUCAAAUUAAAUGAGUCCUUCCAUGGUAUUGUCCUCACACCAACUGCGUCCCAAUAUCUCGACCCACAUAGUGAUCGCAGCAUCGUCGAACGAUGCGGCGUUGCUGUGAUUGAUUGCUCCUGGGCCCAACUCGACAAAACUCCCUUCAGGAAGCUGAAAUAUUCUCAUGGACGACUGGUGCCGUACUUACUGGCCGUCAAUCCUGUUAAUUAUGGCAAGCCGCACAAGCUCACCUGUGUCGAAGCAUUUGCAGCCACUCUCUACAUCCUCGGUUGGCCUAAAGAGGCUGAGAUCCUUCUCAACAAAUUUUCAUGGGGUCCGACCUUCUUGACCGUCAAUGUGGAUCUGCUGGCGGCCUAUGCUCAGUGUCGUACGGAGGCCGAGGUUGUUCAAAUUCAAAAUAACUAUGAAACAAAGUUGGCGGAAAACAAAAACAAGAAAGUUGAAUCUUAUUCAGAUAUGUAUGCUGCCCUGGAUGCCGAAAUGCAGCAAGACUCGGAAGAAUCUUCGCAAUCAGACGAGGCCGGAGAGAGUGGUGAUCAGGGAUUGCAACCUACUGAAUGUGAAAAGAACGAUGUCACUGAUAAGACAGUUCAUGAGACGUCCGACGCUCACGAAGACUCGUCUUUCUGUGUCGAAACCCUCGAGACACUAUCCCUCUCCGAUGACAGCCUGGCGGCCCUUCAGAAGCAAGUCAAGUCUAUGGCUUCGGAAUUUCAGCACAAAAAGCUGCUGAAAGAGGCAGGUCGGAAUUGGGAUCGUUUCUAUAAUAGAAACGGUACACGAUUCUUCAAGGAUCGGCACUGGACAACACGUGAAUUUGUGGAGUUAACUAAACUCAUAGAACCCGGUGCGGACCAAAUGAUGGUUUUGGAGGUCGGAUGUGGUGUCGGCAAUUUUAUCUUCCCCCUCCUGGAGAACAUGAACUCGGGGUCGCAACCCGAUGCAGCGGCUGAACCUCCUUCAGAGUCCAACAAAGACUCGAAGUCAGCCAUAUUCUAUGCCUGCGACAUCGCCCCCAAGGCUGUGGUCAUGGUCAAGCAGCACCCCCUCUUUUCAGAGGACUGUGUGUCGGCCUUCGUGUGUGACACAUCCGUCGAGGGUGCUCUCUCCGCGGCACUCCUUGACGCCCCAAAACCUACCCUCCUCGAUCAAUCAUCCCCGCUCAAUCCAGGCUUUCAUUUAGCCACUCUCAUCUUCGUUCUCUCGGCUAUUAACCCGGAUGCCAUGCACUUCUGUCUGCAGAAUAUUGCCAACGUUCUGCGACCUGGUGGCAAAUUACUACUGCGCGACUACGGGCUCUACGACCAGUCACAAUUGAGGUUCGGACGUGGCAGCCGCCUUCUCGAAGACAAGCCUUUCUACCACCGCCAGGACGGUACAUUCACCUACUUUUUCUCUAUUGAGGAAUUAACCACUCUGUUGACUGAUGCUGGGCUAACUGUGCUUAAGUGUUCUUAUAUACACAGAAAAACGGAAAACCGUGCCACUGACCUUUGUAUCAAGCGUAUUUUCAUUCAAGCUAUUGCACAAAAGCCCGAAUAG